GAGAUACAAAUGGCCUCACACGAAGCAAAACACAAUGGCAUCACAUUUGUUUCUGACGAUCCAAGAAGAUUUGCAUGGCGACACAUUCUAUGAUCAUUCCUUCUUCUUCUUCCUCAUCUCUGGCUGCUCCUGCGUCUCCGUUUAAAGAGACUCUACCACUCUUCAGUCGAUCUCUCACAUUCCCGAGAAAAUCUUGGUUUUCUCAGUUUCGGUUGAGAUUCUUUGCUGAGAAACACUCUCAGCAGCUCGAGUCCUCUAAUGGCUGUGCCACUAAUUUCGCUUCUUUACAAGACUCCGGAGAUCAUCUUACAGAGGAACAUGGCACAAAAGAAGAGUCUACUCUAAGUAUUACGGUGGUUGGAGCGUCUGGGGACUUGGCAAAGAAGAAGAUAUUCCCUGCAUUGUUUGCUCUCUUUUAUGAGGGUUGUCUUCCUCAGGACUUUACUGUUUUUGGUUAUGCUCGGACCAAACUCACUCAUGACGAGCUUCGUGACAUGAUUAGUAGAACUUUAACUUGCCGGAUUGAUCAAAGGGAAAAUUGUGGGGACAAAAUGGAUCAGUUCUUGAAAAAAUGCUUUUACCAUUCGGGUCAGUAUAACUCGGAAGAGGAUUUUGCAGAACUAAACACCAAGCUCAAAGAGAAAGAGGGAGGAAAGCUAGCAAACAGGCUUUACUAUUUGUCUAUACCCCCAAACAUAUUCGUCGAUGUGGUAAGGUGUGCAAGCCUUAGAGCUUCUUCUGCGAACGGCUGGACAAGGGUCAUUGUCGAAAAGCCAUUUGGUCGUGACUCUGAAUCAUCUGGAGAGUUAACUAGAUCUCUGAAACAGUAUCUCACAGAGGAACAAAUCUUCAGGAUUGACCACUAUUUAGGAAAGGAGCUUGUUGAGAACCUUUCCGUGCUUCGAUUCUCAAAUCUUGUUUUCGAGCCUCUAUGGUCAAGAAAUUACAUACGUAACGUUCAACUGAUUUUUUCUGAGGAUUUUGGAACAGAAGGACGUGGAGGGUACUUUGAUCAGUAUGGAAUCAUACGAGACAUCAUGCAAAACCAUCUCUUGCAGAUACUCGCACUUUUCGCAAUGGAGACGCCUGUGAGCUUAGAUGCUGAGGAUAUAAGAAGUGAAAAGGUGAAAGUUUUGCGAUCAAUGAAACCGUUACUUCUUGAAGAUGUAGUUGUUGGACAAUACAAAGGGCAUAGCAAGGGAGGAAAGACUUAUCAAGGUUAUACAGACGAUCCAACGGUUCCAAAUCACAGUCUCACUCCUACAUUUGCUGCAGCAGCCAUGUUCAUUAACAAUGCGAGAUGGGACGGUGUUCCUUUUCUUAUGAAAGCCGGGAAGGCUCUCCAUACGAGAGGAGCAGAGAUCAGAGUUCAGUUCAGACAUGUCCCAGGAAACUUGUACAAGAAAAGUUUUGCAACUAAUUUGGAUAACGCAACUAAUGAGCUAGUGAUCAGAGUUCAGCCUGAUGAAGGCAUAUACCUAAGGAUCAACAACAAAGUUCCUGGUCUUGGAAUGAGACUAGAUCGCAGCGACCUUAACCUUCUGUAUCGAUCCAGGUAUCCAAGAGAGAUACCAGAUGCAUAUGAAAGACUGCUUCUUGAUGCAAUCGAAGGAGAGAGGAGGUUGUUUAUCAGAAGUGACGAGCUAGAUGCAGCAUGGGAUCUAUUCACACCGGCUUUGAAGGAGCUCGAGGAGAGGAAAAUUGUUCCUGAGCUCUAUCCAUAUGGGAGCAGAGGUCCUGUUGGUGCACAUUACCUUGCAUCUAAGUACAAUGUGAGAUGGGGAGAUCUUGGAGACGCUUAAGCUUUUGACAGAAACAAUAUGAUUUGGUGAUAUCAAAUGAUAUGGUGCCAAAAACUAUGUGUGAUUUGUUUCUUUCCAAAUUAUACAUAGAUUCUGUUAUUUUGGUGGACCAUGAUUCAUAUUGUAGAUAGAAUCCAUGGCCAAAUCUUAGGAGUUGUUAUGUUGAUGUAAAGUAUAAGCUUUUAGAGUUGCUUGUU